CCAGUAAACAGUUGUGAGUGUAGCGCUUGUCUUCGUCCACCUUUCUCGUUUCUGUGUUUUUAUCGCGCCAAGUUAAUACUUCAGUUAUGGAAAACCAUCCAGUCCAACAAUCAACUCUUCUAGAAUAUAUCGCAUGCCGUGGGCCUUCCUAAUCUUGCGCUAUCAAACAUACCACUGUCCCGGGCCACUCUUAUGACAGGCUAACCGCCACCAUACUUGAAUCUGGUUUCAAAUCGUACCAUCAAAGGGAAAUUCGCGAAUCAUUUCUAAUCCAUAAAUUUGGUGCCGUUGCUUCUGGGAUUAACGAGCCUCCCAAAGCCGCGGCCGAGCACUUCAAUCAACCAGGUCAUAACUAUGAUGAACUUGAACUCUACAUUAAAACUUCUUUCUGGGCGAGUUGGUGCAUACUUGACAUAAAAAUUGUUACAGCGCAAACACAUGCAACCACAAAAUAUCAAGGACGAAAAAAAAAAAGAAACAGCGCUUGUGUCCCGUCCUUGAUACUUUGUGAUUGCAUGUGUUUGCGCUGUAACAAUUUUUAUGUCAAAUUAAACUCUACAUCUUACAGUCAAAUUUCCGUUCAGCGCGAGAAAGAAAAUACAGAGAAUCAUAUCCCAUUCAUAAGUUCAAGACAUUGAAACCAAUAGGCAUAAAUAUUUCAGAGGGAGCUUUAUACUCUAUUCACUAUGCUAAAUUUCAAGCUAUAAGCAACAACACUUAGUUAUUUUCAUUUGGUUGCUUAAUGUUUUUCUUUUCUUUCCUCCCUCUCUUUGUAUUUUUCUUUUAUUUAUAUGUUUAUUCCAUUUUAGUAUUUUUUUUUUCCACAAGCACCAAUUUCUUCCUCACCUUUUAUUAUCUCUUUCAGAGACACGACAGCUCACUGACCUCCAACGAAGCAGACAAUUUCUCUCUCCUCCUUCCCCCUUCCCCGCCGUCGUCCAGGUCCCUUCAACGAAAACACACACAUCCGGCUGACACUCGGCUGUGUCAGCGGCCGUGUGAAUAGCACUCCUUUCUUAUCAAUUCUACACCAUCACCGCUAACGCACCUUCGGUCGUUGCCUCACCCACCCGCCUUACCCCCUCUCCCCUUUAGAAUGUAAUGUCGCCUUGAAAAAGAAAAAUCCAUUUGUCGAAACGUUGGCUCCCGCGUUUACCUUGUUCUCGUUUUGCUCAUCGUCUUGAAUUAUCUCCGGGCCUUCCCCGUGUUUUCGCACACCCGACACACACGCGCGCUAUUUGCCCCAAAACAAUUAUCUGGUUGAUGAUAUGAUGAUAUGUCGUUUCAUUGUAUUCAACAUAGGAUGAGUGACGUUCGUGAAUUAUUGUUGUCACAUUUUCGCCAGAUCUCGUGUACCCACCUUUCUUGCUAAGAUCAUUUGUAAACCCUGCAUUUGCUACAUUUGUUGCUGUACCAACCUGCUGUUACAACCAUCCCGUCUCGUGGUGCAUUUUUUAGCACGUUUGACAUGUGUACCGAUGAUUCAUGACGGGUGCAGCCACCUUACAGGAAUAAUCUGUCUUCUGACAUGGUUGUUUCUCUCUCUCUCUCUCUAUCUAUCUAUCUAUCUAUCUAUCUAUCUAUCUAUCUAUCUAUCUCUCUCUCUCUCUCUCUCUCUCUCUCUCUCUCUCUCUCUCUCUCUCUCUCUCUCUCUCUCUCUCUCUCUCUCUCUCUCUCUCUCUCUCUCUUUUUUUUUUUUACCAUGAGUCAUCUUUCCUGUAAACGCUGUUUUUCUCGCAUAUAAUGUUGCCUUACGAACCUGUUACAACCAUCCCGUCGCACAAUUUUUUUUUUUUUUUUUUGUGCAUGCCCGGCUGAUUUGUCACGACUGCAAGUUUCUUACAGCUGUGUGACUUGGCAGUGGAUAAGCGCAUAGGGUGGUCCCUAUGCCGCGUACUUAUUUAAGCACAACGCCUUACCGUUUCGUGAGUUCCAUGACUCCGGCCGAAACGUAGGAAAUAAAGUAUCGUUUCUCGGAGCCCUGGACAGAAACCCUGCUUAGUGGCCACCUAUUAAGCUUUCAAGCAUUCAUUCCACAGUUCACGGAUCGUUCAUAACUCGGGAACAGAGAUCAAUCUUGAACUGCCUACAGCUCCUCUAAAACCGUCUCUUGGGUGAAAUCUGCUGGACCCAGGCGCGGAUCUUUUGUUAGCCACGUGCCAUUUAUAGGAGAGGGAGACGGAAAGGGGCAGAUCUCUCGUAGGGUAUACAACGCAGGCGAAAAUAAAAGCUAAACCAAUGGCGCCGCACUGUUUUGUUCACAGGCGUACCUUUUCUAGCCUCUCGCCUCGUUCCUGUAUUUAUCAUUAUCUAUGAGUAUCCUACGAGCAGUUUAACCUUAAGUUGGCCAGUACACCAUUGUGGGUACGUGCCAUAUGUUUAAAAGUUCAUUAUCAUCAUUAUCAGUGUGCCGCACUAUGCCAGCAUGACGCCGGGCACCGUCCGGUAGACGCGACAGCGCAGGUUCGAAACUCGGGACAUCGGUCCGCUAGUCGCACGGUACCGGCUCGCCAUGAACAGGAACACCAUUGUCAGCUUGUGCUACGGCUGCGCGGCGCUGAAUUCAUUCAGUUUUCUGAAAUACGCGUUCGGCUUCUACAGACGAAACAUGGCCUAUGGCUGGGCUUUCGACCUUACCUUCGGGUCCGAGUGCUUUCUAAACUUGAUGUCUGACUACCUCCUCCUCGCCACCUACAAGGACUUCCCGCUGCCAUCUUUGCUGUUGGGCAAGGACAGCCUGGUCCUGCUCGGCUUCAUCGUGUGGAACUCGGCCAGUGUCGGUGUCUGCUUCGUCAGCAGCAUCGCGCUUGCCGUGCACUUCGCCAACACGGUGGACCUGAAAGAAGCCAUGCAGGACCUCAAGGACCAGAACGUGGAGGAAGGAGACUUCCGCAGACAAAUGAUGAUGACGACGAUAUCCGUAUUCACGCUCAUGGCCUUCAUCAAGGGAGCCAUCCUGUACAACAUGUACUUGUACUACAAGAAGACUGGCGGCGUCGAUGGCAGCGUAGAAGAGGCACCCACGGCUUUCUACUUUCCUGCAGACCCGACGGCCCCCGUGCCGUUCCUGCCGCCGGAGUCAAAGCGGCACACCAGGGCAAACGUCGCCGGAGCGCCGCCAGCAGCCGCCCGCUGCGGCCUCACGGGGGCGCCCGACACAGCGAUGGCAUCGGCCAGGCGACCUCCGGCGCCUGCUGCGGUGCCGCCGUUGGUCAGGCGGCCCCCGGUGCAGCAGCCCUUCGAAGUGGCCGUACUACGGACGCCUUUCAUGGUGCUUCACAUGCCGCCCGCGGAAGUGCCGACCGGACCGCAGCCGACAACGCAGCAGCAGCCACCGCCCACCGCGACGCAGACGGCAGCUCGUUAGAUUUGCUGCGUGGAACCGCAGCCGCGACCGGUAGAAGCGCGUCGUGGCCGAGCAGAAGUAAAAUGGGUGUGAAAGCGCAUUAUAGCGCGUGUUGCUUUCACGUGUAAGCUUGACUCUUCCUCAAGCGCGGCUUAGGUCAGUACUUGGGAUAGCUGUUUCCACGUGCAGUGAUGGCCCAGCCAGUUUAAAAUUUGGAGCAUCUUUUGGGGGGCAGGAAAAAUGUCGUUCUGGAGCAGUCUUGGAGCAGAAAAUUGGUCUUUUUGGAACACUCGGAGUAGUACAGCAGUAAUCUGUAGCCAUAUGGCGAAGCUUAUUAAUGUGCAAUCAGUAAGUGCUGCUUAAGAGUGAAGCAACAAACAAACAGGGACCAAUUAAGCUUGCCUUCCCACGGACGGCAUACCAUGCACAGUAUGCUGCACACAUUUUUAUUUCGGUAGGCAACAAACUUAAUUUUGUAAACAAAUAAAAUUUUGUAACCCAACGAGUACAAAGUCAUGCGCCUGGGCGAAAGACAGACAGAACUACAAAUGGUCGGAUACAACUAAAGCCUGCAGUGAAGCCCCGCCCACGCCCUCAUAAAUAGUUCGAAAUGGAAACUUUCCCAGUUACCUAAAAAGGCGUUAACGACAAAAAUAAAAUGAUAAGCGCGUAAUUUUGUACGUUUUCAUUCGUGUAUGAUGAUGGAAUGGUGAAAGCCUAAUUGUUUAUUGAACUGAAAUAAAACGCUUGCUUCGCUGCAACUAUUUAUUGUCAAGUUUC